CAGUAAGCGAGAAAGUCAAACAAUGGCAAGAACCAAGCAGACCGCCCGUAAGUCCACCGGAGGAAAGGCUCCCAGGAAGCAGCUGGCCACCAAGGCCGCCCGUAAGAGCGCCCCGGCCACCGGCGGCGUCAAGAAGCCCCACCGUUACAGGCCCGGUACCGUGGCUCUGAGGGAGAUCCGCCGCUACCAGAAGUCCACGGAGCUGCUGAUCCGCAAGCUGCCCUUCCAGCGCCUGGUGCGUGAGAUCGCCCAGGACUUCAAGACCGACCUGCGCUUCCAGAGCUCGGCCGUCAUGGCCCUGCAGGAGGCCAGCGAGGCCUACCUGGUGGGGCUGUUCGAGGACACCAACCUGUGCGCCAUCCACGCCAAGAGGGUCACCAUCAUGCCCAAAGACAUCCAGCUGGCCCGCCGCAUCCGCGGAGAGAGGGCUUAAAGCCGGCGGCGCUCACAGCCUCA